GGGGCGCAGGGCGCCCCCUCCUAUAUGGCGCCCUAGGCGGCUGCCUAGUUCGCCUUAUAGGAAGCGCCGGCCCUGUGUGACAGCCACUAAUCCAUGGAAAUGACACCUAUAAAUUCGUCACAAUGCCUUUUUGUCCUGUCAUGUGAUUAGGGCUCAUUUGUUUUCUUUGCACUAACGCAGCUCUGCUCAGAGCAAAGGUUGCUGGGACUUGUAGUUCGGUUAUUCAUUUUUCCACUUGUCAAAGCUGUUAGCUGAGUUACAGCUAGAAAGGAUGGCUGUGCUGCCUAAUGACAUACACAGCUGUUUUAAUGAGCACUGCAGAUUAGGGGGAAUAACAGAAGGGAGUUGUAUGCAAGUGUAGUAACCAACAAGAAGGAAGUAUUUUAGGAGAUGAAACAGAGAAAGGACGGUUAAGAUGUAAAAUGAUGCAAAAUAUUUUUUCAUUUACAAAACCAUACAAAAUUUGGCAUGCAUGUAUAUAGCUAAUUAUUAAACGGAUACUGUAAUCGCCACAUAGACUACAGUGCACGGUUGUGAUUAUAAUGCUAAGCGUACCCUGGCGCUGCCCCAUGGUAAGUGGUCAAACCAUUUACCGAACAGUAAAAAGGCAAAUGGGCGAAUACCGUUUAUGUCUAAAUAAGCAAUUUCUCACACACAAAAAAAUGUGAAAUCUAUUUACUGUGUUACCCUCAUUGUUCCAGAGCAAGCCGCUAUCCUGUGUUACCCUCAUUGUUCCAGAGCAAGCCGCUGUCCUGUGUUACCCUCAUUGUUCCAGAGCAAGCCGCUGUCCUGUGUUACCCUCAUUGUUCCAGAGCAAGCCGCUAUCCUGUGUUACCCUCAUUGUUCCAGAGCAAGCCGCUAUCCUGUGUUACCCUCAUUGUUCCAGAGCAAGCCGCUAUCCUGUGUUACCCUCAUUGUUCCAGAGCAAGCCGCUAUCCUGUGUUACCCUCACUGUUCCAGAGUCAGCUGCUAUCCUGUGUUACCCUCAAUGUUCCAGAGUUACCUGCUAUCCUGUGUUCCCCUCAGUGUUCCAGAGUCAGCUGCUAUCCUGUGUUAACCUCAGUGUUCCAGAGUUAGCUGCUAUUCUGUGUUAACCUCAGUGUUCCAGAGUUAGCUGCUAUUCUGUGUUACCUCAGUGUUCCAGCGUUAGCUGCUAUCCUGUGUUACCCUCAGUGUUCCAGAGUUAGCUGGUAUUCUGUGUUACCCUCAUUGUUCCAGAGUCAGCUGCUAUCCUGUGUUACCCUCAGUGUUCCAGAGUUAGCUGCUAUCCUGUGUUACCCUCAGUGUUCCAGUUAGCUGCUCUCCUGUGUUACCCUCAGUGUUCCAGAAUUAGCUGCUAUUCUGUGUUACCCUCAGUGUUCCAGAGUUAGCUGCUUUCCUGUGAUACCCUCAAUGUUCCAGAGUCAGCUGCUAUCCUAUGCUACCCUCAAUGUUCCAGUCAGCUGCUAUCCUGUUUAACCCUCAGUGUUUCAGAGUUAGCUGCUAUCCUGUAUUACCCUCAGUGUUCCAGAGCAAGCUGCUAUCCUGUGUUACCCUCAGUGUUCCAGAGUUAGCUGCUAUCGUGUGUUACCCUCAGUGUUCCAGAGCAAGCUGCUAUACUGUGUUAUCCUCAGUGUUCCAGAGUUAGCUGCUAUUCUGUGAUACCCUCAGUGUUCCAGAUUUAGCUGCUAUCCUGUGUUACCCUCAGUGUUCCAGAGUCAGCUGCUAUCCUGUGUUACCCUCAGUGUUCCAGAGUUAGCUGCUAUUCUGUAUUACCCUUAGUGUCCAGAGUUAGCUGCUAUCCUGUGUUACCCUCAGUGUUCCAGAGUCAGCUGCUAUCCUGUGUUACCAUCAGUGUUCCAGAGUCAGCUGCUAUCCUGUGUUGCCCUCAGUGUUCCGGAGUUAGCUGCUAUUCUGUGUUGCCCUCAGUGUCUAGAGUCAGCUGCUAUCCUGUGUUACACUCAGUGUUCCAGAGUUAGCUGCUAUCCUGUGUUACCCUCAAUGUUCCAGAGUCAGCUGCUAUCCUGUGCUACCCUCAAUGUUCCAGAGUUAGCUGCUAUUCUGUAUUACCCUCAGUGUUCCAGAGCAAGCUGUUAUACUAUGCAACCUGUUCCUGUGCAAGCUAACCUGCUCCCUGUAUCCAGAAGCCCUGCUUCUUUCCUUGUAUUGAUUUUUUUGUAUUUAUGUUAUUAAUUUGUGUUCUUGAUUUUAAUUCACUUGCUUUCCAUGUUGUGUGUAUUGUGAUUUAUUUGCUUAUUGAGUUCCCAUGCCAUGUAUGGUGCUUGCUGCUGUAGUCAGCAUUGCUUCCUGACCAAACACUGAUAUGGUGUUAGUAAUAAGGGAGCUUUUUUGAUUGGAGAACAUUCCAUUAUGCACGAGAAAUGAGACAUCUCCACUGGCAAAAGUAGACAAUCCUUUGUAUGUUAAAUAUAUAAAUAAAGAGAAAAAAAAUGGGACUGUAGAGGGCCAGAGUGAUUGUGAUAGUGAGACAGGAAGGAGAUCCAUUCUAUAUAGAAUGGUGCUAGUGGAGAAAGAUUUGUCAAGUGACAAUGACAGAGAUUUAUCAAAGUGUCCUGUUCUAAAAAUUGGUGCACAAAUGUAAAAGGGCUGGAGUCACCAUUGAAACUUGAAUCUACCACUAGUUGAACUGGUUUCCAUGAUGACUAUGGACAUUUUGAACUUCAGAUCUCUUAUUAAAAAGGAACUCCAGUGAGUGGGCAUGUGACAUGUGGAUGAAGAAGGCUUGGCAUAUGGAAAGAGACAGGUGGAUGUGUCAUGGGGAAGGGCAGAUGACAUGGGGAUGGAAAAGGUGCUGGUGGGAGAGGGAUAGAAACACAGGGAAAGACUUGGCAAGUAGAGAUAGUGGGAUAUCACUUGAUGAAGGAUUCAAACAAUGAUUGGGUGUGUAGUAAAGAUUUGGAGAGGGAGUGGAGUAUCCAGUGGGUGAGGGAGUGAAAUAUCCAGUUGGUGAGGGGGUGAAAUAAUAAAAUGAAGAGGAGUGGGAUAGUCAUUUCAGCAGGGAGUGAAACUAUGACAUGCAAAUAUCAAAUAAUUUCAGGAAAAAGUGUUGGGAUGUGAUUUUAAUGUACGUUCAAACAAACAUUAAUGGGAUGUUCAUAAUUUCAUCUAAUUAUUGUAUCCAAUGGCGUAUUUUGACAUGCUCAUCAACAAACCCCACAAACGUUUUUAUGGUAGCCUGUGUUCAAUUUUUUCAUCAAACAUCCAUCCACAAAGGCAAUAUCAUAUCCAUUCAGACACACUCUGACUGGACCUAAAUCGAAAGGACUUUUAUAUUCAGUUGUGAAAUAGAAUCUAACAGAGCUGGAAGUUGGUUACUUAAUAUAUAUAUAUGUCAGCACAGGGCUUUCGCACGAAACAACCACAAGCUGACAAUGACAUUGUUAAAGUCAUGCAGUGCAAGGUCAGGACAGUGAAGGAAUAUAACGUUUUAAGCAGGAUGCCACAUAGCUGGCUAUAACAAAAGUAAGUGACAAUUAAUAAUUCAGUCAAUAAAUAAAAUCAAUAAACCAAAGUGUAGUUUCACUUGAUCAAUGCAUUUCUGUGGGGUUCAUUCGGCGUCCUCAUGCAGAGCGUGAAGACCCACCAGGAACAACCUUUCUGAGCGAUACCUAUUUUAAGUGGCCCAAGGGACACUAUUUUUAAGAAAAAUCAAAGUUUACAAUUGUCAGACUGGAAGAUCGGUCUCUUUGAACCAAAACAACAACAUUAAGCUGUAGGGCUUCUGGUGCUUAGAGCGUACCUUUAAAGCAAAUUACCUGCCUUGCUUUACUGCACCUGCUGUCCUGUAAAAGCAGAGUUGUAAGGUAAAGCACACGAUCACUAUCUCCCUCCCGCCUCCCUCUAUUGCAGACAUAGUUUUUUUUUGUUUUUGUUUGUUCUAAGUUACCCUUCCUCCUUCUCACUCACUCCCAACCUCCCUUUGCCGGCUCAGAUUCCAUGCAUGCGCUCUGUGCUGGCAGAAUGGUCCAAUCACAGACUUCUUUGCGAUGUAAAGAGGGGGCUUUGCCUGGUGCUGGAUUCCAGGUAAGUAAAACUUCUUGUUUUGCAGUUUAAAAGGCAAACAAAGGCGUAGCGGAGUCCUUUAAGCCCAAUAAUUGAGACCUUACUGAUCAUGUUACCACAUGUAUUGUACUUUUUUCUUUGCGUAAAAUAAAUAAUCGUAUAUCUGAUCAAUCAUCAGAUCAAGUAAACAUAUGCUGAAAGUACUUAUAUUGGUAAAUAUCUGAGUCUAGUUAUCCAGAACUAGCUAGCUGGACAAUAUGGAUUAUAUAUAUUUUACAAAGGUUUUUAUUUUGUGACUAGGUGUCUAGUAGUCACCAUCACUUGGGGUUUCAUACAGACACUUUACGUAGGACCCUGGACUACGCCUAUGUCUAAGUCACCCUGUACCCAUUAAGUCACCCUGUACCUAGUGACAGGUUCAGAGCGUCAGACAAUUCUUCCAGUGCAGUGGCAGUUAGAAGGACAGAGGAGCCAAUUUGGAUGGGUAGCUGGGGAUACAAUUUGAGUUAAGCGAUACAAAAAUAGUUUAACCCUGUAAGGUAAGAAUAUACAUUCCAACAUUUUCCAUUGAUAAAGAGGGACACUUUAAUUUUUUGGGGUGUUAGUGGAGUCGUGCCAGUGGCUGGUCUGUCCUAAGACAUAUUGGAUGACUUAUUAAUAAUUUAAGCAACACAAAUGUAAUUUAGAACAAGAGCAAUUUAUCUUAUUUACAUAAAUUGAUUUCUAAAUACAUGAAUUAUAGUUGUAGUUCAAAGACACAUUACUGCGAAUAUAACUUCCGUGGAGCUCUGGUAUAAAUUCAGACACAUUAUAAAUACUGAGGUCCUACAAAACAAAGACAUUAGGAUAAAAAAAAGGGGGACAGUGGGUUUUUGGUCCAAAAUAGGGAGGGAUACUUGGAAUGUACUGGGUCUGUCUGGAAAAAGUCUAUCCAUUGUUAAUAUAACAGAACAGUUUGUGUGACAUCAAUGUAAACUGGACAGGAAUGCACAUGCGUGAACAAUGACCAAUAUAUAAAUAUAUGGUAUUUGAACUAUCAUGCUCUGCUACACAAUUAGGAUCCCACUUUCCUCGUCAAUUAAAAUGAUCAAUUGAAAAAUAUAAGGUAAAAUGUACAGGGUUCUUUUUUCCAAGUAAGAGAUAGCCAGAGGUUUUUACUGUUAUUACAGAGAUUAUCUGACAACUGUAGUGUCAUAAGACUCUUUACUUCCAAAUAUGAUGCUUUAUGGCAUGUUCUGAUGACUGAAAUGAGAAACAAGGGGUCCUAGUAAGAGGGGGGGUGGGGGGGGGGAGAGUGGUUUUUCCAUAUCAUCAAUCUGACCAUAACAGCUGUCUUGAAACAGGACCCCGCAAAUGAAAGAAAAAUGAAAUGAAAGAACAAUCCUUCCUACGGGUGUCUCAUGUUUCACUUCCAGUGAAGAUAGAUGGGACUACUCCUUCCACAACACCAGCAUUGUCAAAAUAUCCUGUCAAUCUAACUGACAUGAGACCCAACACACAGGGGAUCUGUGUUUUCAAGAGAUAUGUGUGCUCAUUGUCAGGGGAGGGCUGGCAACAUUUGUCCUUAGGAGUAUGUACAAAGAGUCUGUUUUCAACUAGUCCAUUGCCACAAUGACAACUGUAGUGCUUUAUGACUGUCUUUUGAGACACUGUCUUACAUCAAUAUCACCACGGGGUCAUGCAAACACCUCCAGGGACAUCAUACAUGCUCAUCAUAUAAUUGAAGCCUGGUCAACUACAAUACUGUACUUUACCAGGAACAGACCUGGAGAACAUCGAGAGCAGAGGCCAACAGCCCUUGCAGAAACACACACGGUUCUGGGCAAGCAAAGGCACUGUACAUUCCCUGUCUGCUGCCUUUUCCCACAGUGGUUUUGACAGACAUACCAACACACCUAACUCGGUAGAAGAAUACUGCAGCCCUUAGCCCUCUUGUCAGUCCUCAUGGUAGUGGUCUGGGGAAUAACAGGUCCUUGCAUGUCUGUUGUGCAGAUAUCUAAAGUUUAUUUUAAAGGCAUUUAAUUCAGAUCUUAUAGUAGCUUGCACAAAAAAACAAACCCAUAAAAUUGAUAAAUACCUCACUUGUUUAAAAUAGAGUACAACACAUACAGGAAGUAAACAACUGUGAAUAUUCUUGCUUAAAUCUUUGACUUCCAACAUUCUUUUCUCUUUCAUACCUCAGCAAAGCAUCCUGGGAUGACAUGAGAGGAAAAUCCAGAAGGAAUAAUUGAAAAAUGAGCAGACCUUUCCUUUGCCUUUCCCAGUGCACAGAUCUCAGCUGUACGGCAGCCAGUCAGUUACAGUAAUCUUACCAAAUCUCAGUCAUAGAUCUCCACACCCCUCUUCCAGUGAGGUUACCAGUCAGGUAUGAAAGGAUAAAAAUGUUGCUUAGUGACAUAACUUGUAAAACUUAUUUUUAUCUCAAUUAUAUUAUACUUACUAUGUUCUCUGGUCAUUGAUUACCUUGGUCUCAGUGAUGAUAUUUAAUGCAAGCUGUGGAGAGGUCUCUAUUUUGACUGACAGGUCAUCUGGAAAGGGUAUAUCCUAAAAUAAUGCCUGUCUCGGAGGCAAGGCAGAGAUUCUCCGAUCCAGGGCACAGGUAAAUAUACUGCAGUGUGUAUUUCUACUUUCACUUUUACUUUUAACACAUAUCUAUCUACCUAUCACCUAUAGGGUAUAAUUAAACAUAAAAUAAGAAACAAGUAAAAUGGCAUACAGGGCCGCCAUCAGGGGGUGACAACCGUGAUGGUUGUCACGGGCCCGGUGGGCCCGGGGGGCCCGGCCGCCCCGGCCCCACGUGGAGCGGCGAAACUGCCGCAGGUGCAUCUGCACCGGGGCCCAUCAGGUGGCCCAAGCAUUUAGGGCCACCCGAUGGGCCUUGUAUCUUCAGAGGCCUGGUCAGCGCUGCGCCAGGUGAUUGCGCGACCGGGCCCCUUUAAAAAAAAAAAUUGCGGCUGAAUACCGCAAGUGCUGCUGGGAGGAAGUGACGGCCGGUCACUUCCUCCCAGCUUACUCCACGCGGGGGGAGAGCGGAGGAGAGGGACACCAGAAGCAUCCACUCCCAUCAUCCCCAGCCACCCUCCUGCAACUUAAAGGUAAGAGGAGGGUGGCUGAUAAAUGAGGUGUGUGUGUGUCUGCAAGUAUGUCAGUAUGUCUGUGUGUGUGUGUGUAUGUCAGUAUGUAUGUUGUGUGUGUGUAUAUGUCUGUCUGUGUGUGUGUGUCUGUGUGUCUGUGUGUAUGUCAGUAUGUAUGUGUGUGUGUGUGUAUGUGUGUGGAUGUCAGUAUGUAUGUCUGUGUGUAUGUCAGUAUGUGUGUGUAUGUCAGUAUGUAUGUGUGUGUGUGUGUAUGUCUCUGUGUAUGUCAGUAUGUAUGUCUGUGUGUAUGUCAGUAUGUAUGUGUGUGUGUGUGUGUAUGUGUGUGGAUGUCAGUAUGUAUGUCUGUGUGUGUGUGGAUGUCAGUAUGUCUGUGUGUGUGUGUGUGUGUAUGUCAGUAUGUAUGUGUGUAUGUCAGUAUGUAUGUCUGUGUGUGUGUAUGUCAGUGUGUAUGUCUGUGUGUGUAUGUCUGUGUGUAUGUCAGUGUGUAUGUGUGUGUGUGACAGUAUGUAUGUCUGUGUGUAUGUCUGUCUGUGUGUAUAUGUCAGUAUUUAUGUGUGUAUGUCAGUGUGUAUGUCAGUAUGUAUGUAUGUAUGUAUGUCUGUGUGUGUGUGUGUCUGCAAGUAUGUAUUUCAGUAUGCAUGUCAGUAUGCAUGUAUGUCUGUGUUUGUAGAUCAGUAUGUUUGUGUGUAUCUGUGUAUGUAUAUAUCUGUGUGUGUGUCUGUGUGUGUAUGCAUGUAUGUAUAUCAGUAUGUAUGUGUAUGUAUGCCAUUAUGUAUAUAUGUCAGUAUAAAUUUAUGUGUAUGUUUGUCUGUUUGUCAAUAUGUAUGUGUGUGUCAGUAUGUGAGUAUGUAUGUACAACAGUGUGUGUGUCUGUAUGUCAGUGUGUGUGCGCGUGUAUCUGUGUAUGAAUCUAUAUGUAUGUCUGUUUCAGUAUUUGUGUCUGUUAGUAUGUGUGUAUCUUUCUGUGUGUCUGUGUCCGUGUCCUUUUGUGUGUGUGUAUUCCUGUGGGUGAGAUUUGGGGGUGGGGCUUGGAGGCGGGCACACGGGGGCCCAGACCUUGAGCUGUGUUAGGGGCCCCACAAUUUCUGAUGGCGGCCCUGAUGGCAUAGAUGUGCUAUGUUUGCCACAGGCAAAAGAAAAUAAUUUUUUGAUCGUUUAGAAGUUCCCUAGCAAUAUACUUUUUGUUUUUACACUUAACAAUGUAGUUGUCAUUCUUGACAUGGGAUACAUGAAAACUCUAUCCCAGAGACAUAAACACCUGUGAAGGUAUCCGGUGACUUUAUCUGAUCAGAGGGGCUGUGCUGCUUAUUUAAAUUGUCGCAACACUGACAAAAACUUUCCAUUGUAGAUCAUGUUUUUUGGCCGGCAGCCACAUUUUGCUCUGAUUUGAACAAAUGACAGAGGAUAAUGUGAAUGAACCACUGUACAGAAGAAGUGUCAGGAUUCCUCCCUAUUCUCUUGGAAUUCCUCCAUGUUUGAUUUCAGCCAGAUCGGCACUGCCCGUAUGACUUCUUUCGCUGAUCUCUCUCCGCCUACUCGUCUGACGUCUGCCCUUCAAAAGGAAGCCACGACCGCAUCAAAAUGGCUCAAUCAAUGUUUCCUGUGUUUGAUACUGUUGCAUACUUGCUACCGUUUUGCCUAUUUACCGACGGAGCUUCUAACUGAUUUCCUGUGUACCGAACCUCUUGGCUUGAUCCUGACUACGCUCUACUCUCGACUCCCAGACUUGGAACAAGACUUCACUUCUUAUUACUGCCUUUCUCCACAUACCUCAAGGAAUCAUAAUCCACUCUAUCCUGGAGGGACUCUUAUGCUCAUCACUCAAUGCAAGAUAAGUUCUCCUCUUAUUGGCAUCAACAAUAGGUUCUUUACUGAAGUUAUUCUGGAAGGAUAAGGAAUUACUAAAUCUGCUUCUGGGAUUCUAUUUGCAUAUUCUAAUUGAAGCUCUCAUAAGCCAAUUACUCACUCUUCAAUUGUCUUAUUCAAUAUUAUUUGGAGUCUAAAGGACUAUAACCACUGUGAGCCCAGGAUCUACCUAACUACCAGGUUUUGUUGUCUUCAAAAGGACUGUAUUAUUUCAUACAACAGGAAUCAACUCACCUGCUCUGUCAAACGUUAUAUUGAAGACUAUGGACUGUAUUGCUAAUUAAGCAUUUCCUUAUUUUUUUCCUUAUUUUCAAUUUUGAAACAAGAUAACAAACAUUCAUGCAUUAUUUUUUCAAAACCUUAUUGCUGCAGAAGUCUGCCAAAGUUAAAUUUAUAUAUUUAAAUAAAUUAUAUUGUCUUAAAGUGACAGCUUCAAAUGUAUUUGUUCACCUGCAGUUGAGUUCCAAAAAAAAUCUUUCCCGAGAAGUAUUACAAGAAGUAAUAUAAG